CGUGGACCUCAGAUACUCGUACGCUACGAGAGACAUCAGAAAAGAAAACGCUUCGGCUGUCAACUAUACACACGCGGAGUGACUGAGUUGCUACAAAUUUUAACGCGCUCUGUCCAAGUGGAUAGUGCAUGGGGUCUUUCGAGUCCUCCAAGGUUUGGUCCCAGCGGCCUCGUUGCAAGAAACAUACAGUCUUCACGCGUCCCUUCGACCCCCUGUGUCAAAUUUUGGUUCACUUCACAUAAGUUAUAUAUUGUACUUGUAUACUUACUUAUACAGAGUUUCUUCUGACCAUCAUGUCUAAAGCUCUACGUUUUUUCUCCCAACACUCAAAUACUCUCUCAACCCUCCCGAAUCUACCUAUACAAGCCCACCUAUCGCGAUUCUAUUCCAGCACACCUCCUCGAUCGCAGAACCGACUUCCUGCCUCCUACUACCGCGGUGGUACUUCCCGUGCCGUGAUUUUUCAUCAUUCAGAUCUGCCGCAAGAUCUUGAACAGUGGGCGCAUAUCUUUCGUGGGGUAAUUGGCCCGCCCGAUCACAAUGGCCGUCAGCUGGAUGGUCUUGGGUGGGGGAUAUCCAGUCUCUCCAAGGUUUGUGUCGUGGGUCCACCAUCACAUGCUGAUGCCGAUGUCGACUAUACUUUCGCGGCAAUCGGCGUCAGGAACUAUGAUGUGGACUAUUCGAGCAAUUGUGGCAAUAUGACAAGCGCUAUUGGACCUUUCGCAGUGGAUAGUGGUAUGUUAAAGGGCAAGCAAGAUGGCGAAGUCACCGUCAGAAUACACAACACAAAUACUAAGAAGCUUAUACACGCUACUUUUCCAGUGAUAGCAGGUGAAGCCGCUGCCAGUGGCAAUUUUGCUAUCGAUGGUGUUGAAGGGACUGCUGCCAGACUCGAGCUUGCAUUUAUUGAUCCUGCGUAAGCACUCUUGUGCAACCCCACAAUAGAGAUACUAAUGGAACGCAGUGGCUCAAAAACUGGCAAGCUUUUACCGACUGGCAACAUAAUAGAUAUCAUCGAAGACGUAGAGACGACAUGCAUUGAUUGUGGCAACCCCGCUGUCUUUCUCGAAGCGGAUUCUAUAGAUAUCGACGGGACAAUUCUCCCAGACGAGAUAGAUGCACAUCCAACCCUCCUCACGAGAUUGGAAUCAAUCCGAAGGAAAGCCUCAGUAGCGAUGGGCUUAAGUGUCGACGAACAAUCGGCGCCAGCAUCAAUUCCAAAGAUAGCCAUUGUCUCGAGGGCGAAAACACACAAACUUCUGUCUGGCAAAACCAAUGAAGUACGCUCGAUGGAUUUAAUCGUGCGUGCUUUGUCAGUAGGGCAACCACAUCGAGCUAUCCCAAUUACUGUAGCGCUCGCUACUGCUGCUGCAAACUUGGGGGGCUCGGUUGUACAAAGAAAUACUUCAUCUCAACGUGUGGACGAGGCUGGUAUAAAUAUUGGCCAUCCGACUGGAAAGAUCAUGGUUGGGGCAAGGUUCAGCGCAGAUGGUGGUUUGGAAUAUGCCACUAUUUUCAGGACCGCGAGAAGACUUAUGGACGGGUGGAUUUAUUGGAAAUGGAAAUGGGAUCUUUGGAGACCAAAAACAUCGGGUAUACUCUAG